CGCUAUGGUCAGAGGUUCUAAGAAGGAGACAACCAAGAACAAGGCAAAGUUUCGAAAAACUAAGAAACCUUUAAAAUUUGAAGAUUCCCCCUCUUCUAGCUCCCAGUUAAUCUCUACCCAAAAUACUUCACCAGAAGCUAAGACAAAACCUUUAGAAAGUGUAAAAGAUUCUAAUGAUACCGCAAGCUCUUCCGCUGAAGUUGAAGUAAAUAAACCCGACAAUACCAUGGCUGACGCUUUGCCGGCUUCUCACCCCACCAAUCCUUCAGUAGUUUCUGCAGAAGUUUCACUCUCUAGCACCAAAGCUAACCCCGCCACUUCUUCCUCUCAUAUAAAAGAACCUUUAACCAAAAGACCCAAGAUUUCUAGAGAUUUUUCAAGUAAAACACGAAAAAAUAAUCCCAUUUUAAACAUUCAAGCUGUACAUAAAAAAAAAAACACUAAACCAGAAUCGUCUACUGCCAUGAACGCAACUACUUCUUCUUUGGUCCCGCAUCCGCUUGGAGCUAAUGAAACAUCACUCGGCAAUAUAUCCACGACUGGCUCCACUAAAUUUUUAAAUAGUGCUAAUGCCUUCCGCGUUCUAAACAAACUGGCUAAUAGUAACCCUUCCACUCCACUUUCCAUGAAAUCAAAAUCUACUGCAUUAAACUUAUCUACGGUAUCUAAACCAGGCGGCCAGUCCAUUGAGGCUUUACAGGAAUUAUUGAAUUGCAAUAUAUGUUUCAUGUUACCUGAGACUGAAAUUUAUCAAUGCCCGCACGGUCACUUGUUAUGCAGAGAUUGCCAUCAGCGAGUUAUCUCGGAAGACGUUUCUGUAUGUCCUACUUGUAGGGUAGGAAUGAGUCGUUUGCAUCCAUCUCGAAACACAAUCGCCGAAUCUGCUCGCGAUCAGUUACCUAUAGCCUGCCCAAAUAGUGGUUGUACGGAAAUUUUAACUUACAAUUCGGUCAAGCAACACGCAGAACAGGAAUGCUUGUUCCGCACGGUAAAUUGCCAGUAUGAUAAACUAGGUUGUUCUUGGAAAGACGUAGUUUCUAAAAAAGAAACACACGAGACUGAGUGCGAAUUUCAAAAUAUGCUUGGGAAGGACAUACUUUCGCACGUCAAACUGAAGGAGGACUCGCAGAAAGAAGCUGAAACUGAAACAAAGGCAGCUGCCGAACUUUGUAAAAGGAUUAUGGAUCUUUUAUCGUGUCGUUGUCGACAAGUCAUAGUCCGGGACGUUCGUCUGGAAAGAGACGCCUACGAUCACACCAUCUGCAGCACCCCUUUCUCUGGACUUGGAGAAAAAUUUGUGGUAAGGGUCAGGAAAAAGUCAAGAAGUCGUCCACUGGGCCUGCAGGUGGAGCGGAUCGACAGGCUCUCGUUGAACCGCCUUCCCCUUAAUAUUGUUAUAAUGAAGGGACCGAGUCUUGCGUUGGACCUUCUUCCCAGCAUCCACAAGUGCUACUUUAAAGCAAACGUGCAUCGCUCGCGCUUGCUUCCGCUCCCUCUCAACGAAGCCGAGGGCAAACGGUUUAUUGAGUGCCACCAGAUUCAUUUGCGUCUUAUAUUUAUUGACCAGCGGGCCGGUUUGGAAAGGCGGUUUACUUCGCUGCGGGACACCCCAGCGGUGGACGGCGGCCUCGGUGAGCAGGACCCCGGCAAUAUCUCCAUGACCGACUCUGAAGGAGACGACCGAGUCGGCGACGACCCUGCCCCCUCCGCCAAUAAUUCAUACGGCAACCGCUACCGAAGGCGCAACAACCGCGAAUUUUUUGAAUACAACUAUGAUGAUCCGGGCCGCGACCUCGAAGAAUACUCUGAAGACGACUACGACGACGAGUAUACAGAAGAUGAGUAUUCUGAAGAAAACGAUGACGAGCAUACGUGCACAGCUCAAUGAAUCUUUUGUGAUUUUUGCUUGCGAUCGGCGUCUUGCACAAAUUUUUUUUUACUGUACACGUACUGACAAUAUAAAUUGGAUGCAUUUUUUUUAUUCACGUCAGUUUUUUUAGAACAAUAAAAUUUAUUACUAGCUUCGUCCUACUAGCAACAGGAUGGUUUCUUAGAUGCUUGGGAUGGGGUCAGUGAUGGGCUUUCAAGGAAAUUUGGCCGUUCUUCUAUAUGUUUAGUGGAAGCAGUAGUGUGUAUAUCUCGCACGGUUUUUUGAAAGGCUUCUUCAAUGUUCGCAUCCUCC